AUGGCGUCAUGGUUCGGAGCCGGUACUUCGGCCAUGGACGAGCAGGUCGAGAGAGCAACCUCGAGUAGCUUGGAGGACAUUGCCCUCAAUCUGGAGAUCACAGACCUGAUCCGAUCAAAGACGAUCCCACCCAAGGAGGCUAUGCGCUCGCUGAAACGGAGGAUUGGCAACAAGAAUCCAAACAUCCAACUGGCCGCUCUGAGCUUGACCGACACGUGCGUUAAGAACGGCGGAGAGCAUUUCAUCCAGGAAAUUGCCUCGCGCGAGUUUAUGGACAACCUUGUCUCAUUCCUCAACACUCCACUGAACGAUGAAGUCAAGACCAGGAUCCUAGAUCUCAUCCAGUCCUGGGCUACUGCUGCUACAGGCCGCUCCUCGCUAGGCUACAUCGACGAGACAUACCGCUCCCUGCAGAGAGAAGGUUUCCGUUUCCCUCCCAAGACUGAAGUCGCCGCCACCAUGUUUGACAGUAGUGCGCCUCCAGAGUGGACAGACUCGGAUGUCUGUAUGCGCUGCCGAGAACGCUUCACCUUUACCAACCGUAAACACCAUUGUCGAAACUGCGGAAAUGUCUUCUGUGGUCAGUGUUCAGCAAAAUCCAUACCUCUGCCUCACCUCGGCAUCCUCCAACCUGUCCGUGUCGACGAUGGCUGUUAUGCCAGACUUACAGAAAAGUCGCGCACCACCCCUCUCCCUACCCACAUCAACGCCAUGAAGCCUCCGACUGGUGCCCGCAUGCAGGCCCGCGACCCUCGUGUCGCCGAAGACUCGUUCGACGCCGACUUGAAAAGAGCACUUGAGAUGAGCUUGGAAGAAUCAAAAGGUCACUCUGGUGCAGGAUACGUGCCGCAAUCACAGAUGGCUACACCCAAGCCAGUUCAAAAGGCGCCUACGCCAAAGAAAGAGGAAGAAGACGACCCGGAGUUGGCAGCCGCUAUUGCUGCAUCGCUCGCCGACAUGGAAGAACAAAAGAAGAAACAUGCUGCUAGCUUCAAGCAACAGCAGCAGAGAUCGAGUACACCCAGUGUAUACGCUCCCAAAACCAACAACGAGCUCACAGCGGUUGAAGCCGAGAAUAUCAAUCUAUUCGCAACUUUGGUUGACCGCCUGCAGCAUCAACCCCCUGGUGCCAUUCUGCGCGAACCCCAGCUUCAGGAGCUGUAUGAGAGUAUCGGAGCAUUGAGGCCCAAACUUGCCAGAACUUAUGGAGAGACUAUGAGCAAACACGACACACUACUCGACAUUCACUCUAAGAUGGCUACUGUCGUCCGAUACUACGAUCGCAUGCUGGAAGAACGCUUGUCCAACACAUACAACCAGUCGCGCUAUGGAGCUCCUCGUCCUCAAUCUGGCAUGUAUCCUUCGUUGUCUGCCGGUGUUGGAGCCCCGCCUUCAGCACCAAUGGGCGGCGUUGAAAGCUACUACAACAGUUCGGCACCGGCCAUGGAGUCGCAUGCCUACAACCAAAGCCCGUAUCCAUCCUUCAACCAGCACCAGCAAUACGCCCAACAAGGUUACCCUCAGCAGGCCCCACCCGAAGCUGCAUAUCAGCAACAAUACUCUCAGUACCCGCCACAGGUUCAGCCUCAGCAACAACCUCCUAGCACUCCUCAGCAACAACAUCAACAACAAUACGCUCAACCACCUCAACAAUACGCUCCUCCUCAACAGCAGAAUCCUGUCUCACCUCCCGAGCAUCAGCAAUCAUACUCUGAGCCUUCUGCCCCUCAGCCUGUAAGCCCAGAAUCAUACGCUCAACCACCCACACAACAUCAACAACCCCCACCUCAGUAUCAGCAGCAGCCUUACCAACAGCAGCCGCCUCCUCAACAACAACAUCAACAGUACUCUCAGCCUCAAGCGCAGCCUCAACAACAGCAGCAACAGCAGUGGCCUCAAGCACCAUCAACGCAUAACGGCUACGGGCAGGAGAGCUUCCCUCAAGCCCCACAGAACGUACCUGCUCAGCCAAAGGUAGAAGAGAGUCUGAUUGAGUUAUAA